ACGAAACUUGAACUUCAAUGAAUAUGAAGUCGCUAUUAAUAAUAUUUCAUCUCACAAUAUAUACCUCAACUCACCUAGUGAAAACUUUAUCUUAAAUGUUGGCCUUGUGCUGACAGAUGAAAAAUCAUGGCAUUCGCCGCCACUUUGAGCACGCUAACUGAAGAAUUAGUUGAGGUCAUCACCUCAACGUCAAGCCAGUCAGAUCCUGCCCGCUUCAAUGUUCUCAAGGAAUCAAGCCUACGAAGCAUUCGUUACCACAAUUUUCUACGCACAAAUCAGUUUGAAGUUGAGAAGAAGCUCGACGGCUUCGAAGAGCAUUUCCGUGUCGUUAAUCGGGACAAGGUAGCUGAUGCUUUAAGGGAACGUCGAGAUGCGCUCGCUCGCAUCUCUAAAAGUUGGACUCCUGACAUUCUCCAGCUACUAUUACAGCUCGAAGAUCAACCUAUUAAAAAGACUAAGCUAGCUGAUCUUGAGUUGCUCAAAGAGCCAGAACAUGAUGCUAAGCCGGCCCUUAAAUGGGCUGAUAUUGCUAAAGAAGAUGGCUGGGAUCAAGACCGCGAUAUAUGGGAAACGGCCAGAUUCGAUGAAGACAGCUCUAAUGAUGAAUACUACGACGGUACAUCUGACAUAUCAGCUGGGGAUGAGCUAACAUCAGUAUCGUCUGCUGAGGCACAACAUCGGAAACUCCCCACAGAUUUCCUUGUUGACUCCCAGGAUGAGGGUGGACUAGACCAGGUCAGGGAAACACAGCUUUGGAGGAAUGCCAUGCCACCAAAGGAUGCAACGGGUAGACCCCAGAAGAUUAUCAUGUCAGAAUUCCAGGCAGUACGCGAGACGCUUUUCAUGCUAAAUGGUCUGGAUAAUACCUUGUUUGACGCACAGGGAAACCCGUCUCUCCAAUUCCAAUUAAGGUACACAUCAUGGGAAGUUUACAAGGCGUUGCUAGGCUCACUCAGCGAAGCGGGCCGACAAUUGUACGUUCUCCGCGAGUUUGCGAAGCAUCCCCAACACGUACCGCUAUUACAGGUCUUUCAAGAAGCUGUCCAAAAACGCCUUCAGUCAUUUGACACCGAAAUUUCGAAGUUACAACGCCGAUACGUAGAUAUCCAAGAAGAUGUCGUUGUCAGUAUAGCGAGAGUCCUAGAUGAUGUGAAACCUCAUCUACAGCCCCUUGUUUGCCUUUCAGAUAUUGUUCACCAGCUCCAAAGAUCAAAGUACCCUCACCCAUUUCAUUACUUGGAGCUUCUUUAUGAUGCUGCUGAAAUUGCUCAGUUGGAAGGAAACAACGUAGUAUACGAAUUCGUUGCUAGUCUGUUCUUUGAAUGCUUCCAAGUUUACCUUCGAUCCAUUCGUCUCUGGAUGGAAGCUGGAGAGCUCAUCGAAGAAGAUAAAACCUUCUUCAUUUCUAGCUCGUCAAGCCAAGUUCCCAAGAGUCAGGUCUGGGCAGACCAAUUCACGCUAAGAAGGACAUCCGAUGGCGCAUUAUAUGUGCCGCGAUUUUUGCAGCCAGCGGCGUCCAAGAUUCUCAUAACUGGCAAGAGCGUUGUUGUUCUAAAGCUUCUAGGGAAAUAUCAAUCAACUGGUGUUCAAACGCCGGAGCCGUCUCUAGAAGUUACUGGGAAUUUUACAUCUAUCUAUGGAACUUUUGCGCCCUUCUCCGAAAUCUUCAGUGAUACAUUCAAGAAAUGGAUGGAAAGCAAGCAUCAUGCUGCUUCUACGACUCUUCAACGAACCCUGUUCGAAUCGUGUAAUCUGUGGUCGGUCUUGAAUUCUCUCCGGCACGUGUAUCUUAUGUCGGACGGUUCACGAUCUGAUUCGUUCAUAUUCGCAAUAUUCAACAACCUCGACCUUCUUAAUGCUAAUUGGCACGACCGAUUCAACUUGACCUCAUUGGCUCACGAGGCGUUCGGUGUCCUAUCUGAUGCUCAUCAGAUAACUGUCAAUGUAUUUGCAGAAGGUCUAAAAAGCGAUGUGAUCGAAAUCCGAAGAUCUGUCCGCGCAGGUCUACCCUUUAUUAAAAUAAUUCAUCGCCUAUCCUGGCCAAUUCGGAUUAUCUUGUCAGAUGAGAGCCUUUCUCAUUAUCAAGCAGCAUUCACGUUCCUGCUGCAACUCCGACGGGCCACUUACGUCCUCCACAAAUAUCGGUUUGUAUCUGACAGCAUUUCGGGCACAGCAAUCACAUCAUCAGACCAAUCAGUUUACUAUGGACUCAGGGCAAAGUUCCUCUGGUUCUGUAAUAUCCUUCACUCCUAUCUUAAUACAUUGGUUCUGGGACCACUUACGACGCAGCUUCAAGAGACGCUUCAGCAAGCGGAAGAUGUAACUGCUAUGAUCUCUUCACACAGUGCAUUCACAAAACGGAUGAUUGGUGAAAUGUGCUUAGGUAGCAAACUUGAUCCUAUCAGGCAAUGUAUUCUAGACAUGUUUGAUCUCACCAUCAGGCUUCAGGAUGCGCGCCAAUUAGAAGCCGAAAGAGAGCAAGAAGAAGUCCAAGAGCUAUCGCGAUUAUCGGUGAUGUCUUCACCGACGAAGCAUAGGAGGUAUCUCAAGAGUGACGAAGAGGAAGACGAAACAUUUCUUUUUGAUCAGGACAAAAGCUCGAUGAUGCAAGACAAGGAAAUGUCCUUUACCGAAGUUCUCGGUGAGAUCCGAGCCGACUUCGAUCGGCACUUGAAGUUCAUUUCCAGUGGUCUGAGAGGGGUUGCGAGAGCCAGUGGAGAUGCUGCUGCAGGAAAAUGGGACACUCUGGCCGAAAUGCUUGAGGUUGGAAUUCAGGGGCGUCGGUAACCACGAUGACCUGAUAGGCAGUUCUGUUAGGUGCUGCUAGUAACAUACUGCAUAGCUAGAUAUGUAUGUAUAAUGCACACGCUACCUUGUUUGUCAAAUAUAGGUAAUGGAUCAGUCUACGACGUCCACAUAUUUAUAUUGGACUCCGCCGUAUGUGAAACUACAUCGAGAUC